AUGGCUCAUCCGAAAAUGGUCAUCUUGCCAGGACCUCAGGCCCUGUCGAGCUUUAGAGUGGCCACUUUGGUGAAUAAUAUUAACACACUGGUGAACUCGUCCGUUGUGAUGAGUGUCAAGUCGUGUCAGAUUCACUAUAUCCAUUGCAAAGAGGAUCUUGAUCCUACUUCUUUUGAAAAGCUGGCGACAUUGCUGAAAUAUGACAAUGAGCUCGACCUCAACGACCCACUCGACUCUAAGCUGAGUAAGCUAGUUCAAGUGACUGACAAAGGAGAAGCUUUCAGUUCGCUGCUAUCGCAAGACGAGAACUCUGAUUUGUACCUUAUAAGAAUUCUCCCGAGACCGGGAACCAUUUCUUCGUGGUCCUCCAAAGCCACCAAUAUCGUUGAAGUCUGCGGUCUGGGUGACAAAAUCGACAGAGUUGAAAGAGGUAUGGCUAUUCUUUUACAGAUGAGACCGGGCUUUCCAAUAUUGCAGUAUUUUGCGAGCGACAAGUAUGCCUGUUUGAGUUCCAUUUAUGACAGAAUGACGCAGUCCCUUUACAUCAAUGAAAAGGUGCCGGUGUACGACGAUCUUUUCAUGGAGCAUGAACCGAAACCACUAAAGUACGUGGAUUUGAUUUCUUCCAAGGAUAAUCUGCUUUCCGCUAAUAAGGAGCUUGGACUGGCUCUUGAUGACGGCGAGAUUGAAUAUCUGAUGAAUGCUUUUAAGGACAUCCUGGGAAGAAACCCAACUGAUGUUGAGUUGUUCAUGUUCGCUCAGGUUAACUCGGAACAUUGCAGACAUAAGAUUUUUAAUGCUGACUGGCAGAUCGAUGGACAGAAGAAAGACAUGUCUCUGUUCCAGAUGAUCAGAAACACCCACAAGCUGAAUCCCAAAUAUACUGUUAGUGCUUACAGCGAUAACGCGGCAAUUUUCCAAGGACCGGAGGCUUACUUUUACGCCCCAGAUGCGUCCACAGGAUACAAGUGGAGCUCAAAGAAGGAGACUGUUCACACUCUCAUCAAGGUGGAGACUCACAACCACCCUACAGCAGUGUCACCUUUCCCGGGUGCUGCCACUGGCUCUGGUGGUGAGAUCAGAGACGAAGCUGCAGUCGGCAGAGGUUCUAAGUCGAAAUGCGGACUUUCUGGAUUUUCAGUGUCCGAUCUAAUUAUUCCGACUCUUCGCCAACCGUGGGAGCUCGACGUGGGAAAGCCUGGACACAUCGCGUCGUCUUUUGACAUUAUGAUCGAGGCACCGUUGGGAUCUGCUGCCUUCAACAACGAGUUUGGAAGACCUUGUAUCAACGGGUACUUUAGAACCUUGACCACGAAAGUUGUCAAUGGUGACAACAAGGAGGAGAUUCGCGGGUUCCAUAAGCCUAUCAUGAUCGCCGGAGGUAUGGGGGCUGUGAGACCAGAGUUGGCAUUGAAAUCAGAGCACAAGAUCACUCCAGGCUCUGCCAUUAUAGUUCUUGGAGGUCAGUCCAUGCUUAUUGGUUUGGGUGGAGGUGCCGCUUCAUCGGUCGCAUCUGGCGAGGGCACGGCAGAUUUGGACUUUGCGUCGGUCCAGAGAGGCAACCCAGAGAUGCAAAGAAGAGCACAGCAGGUUAUCGACGCAUGUAAUGCUUUUGGCUCCAACUCUCCUAUUCAGUGUAUCCACGACGUGGGAGCAGGAGGGCUGUCGAAUGCCCUGCCUGAGCUGGUUCACGACAAUGACCUUGGUGCCAAGUUUGAGCUCAGAGAAAUCCUCUCUCUGGAACCAGGAAUGUCUCCUCUAGAGAUCUGGUGUAACGAAUCGCAGGAGAGAUUUGUCUUGGGGGUUGGCCAGCAGGAUUUGCAAUUGUUCAAAAAGAUUUGCGAGAGAGAGAGAUGUCCGUACUCCGUUGUUGGUGUUGCAACCAACGAGAAGAGACUGGUUUUGACAGACAGGCUACUGGGAACUACCCCUAUCGAUUUGGACAUGAGUCUGCUGUUUGGUAAGCCUCCGAAGAUGUCUCGUGAAGAUGUUUCCAAGACACCAAAGCUCGAGCCCGUGUCCAUUGCCCCGGAUACCUCUCUCGAUGAGGCAUUAAGCAGAGUGUUGCAGCUGCCUUCGGUGGGGUCCAAGUCGUUCCUAAUAACCAUUGGUGACAGAACGGUUACUGGUUUGGUUGACAGAGACCAGUUCGUCGGCCCAUGGCAGGUACCUGUGGCCGACGUUGGUGUUACGGCCACCUCCCUUGGAGACGAGGUGGUGUCUACGGGUGAGGCUCUAGCAAUGGGCGAAAAGCCUACCUUGGCUCUAAUUUCUGCUGCUGCUUCGGCCAAGAUGUGUGUUGCAGAGUCUCUUCUGAACCUUCUCGCUGCAGACAUCAAGGAUCUUGAUUUCGUCAAGCUUUCGGCUAACUGGAUGGCGCCUGCAAGUCAUCCUGGAGAAGGCGCUGCACUGUACGAAGCCGUUCAAGCCAUCGGAUUGGAACUCUGUCCGGAACUCGGCGUGUCCAUUCCAGUGGGUAAAGACUCCAUGUCAAUGAAGAUGUCUUGGGAUAAGAAAGAAGUGGUUGCACCUAUGUCGUUGAUCAUCACUGCAUUUGGCGGUGUGGAGAACACUUCCAACACGUGGACGCCUGUGUUGCAAAGGGUCGACAACUCUGUGCUUGUGCAAGUUGACCUGGCUGCUUUAACAACGGCCUCGCUCGGUGGGUCUGCUUUGGCCCAGGUUUAUAACCAAGUUGGUGACUCGUGUCCGUCAGUUCAUGAUGCUCGUCUUUUGAAAAACUUUAUCCGUGCACUCUUGGUCCUGCACAAAAAGUUUGAGGUUCUUGCCUACCACGACAAGUCCGACGGCGGUUUAAUCGUUACCUUAUUGGAAAUGGCCUUUGCUGCCAGAUGCGGCUUGGAAAUCGAUAUUGCUGACCCUAAGAGAGACAUGUUUACCUCUCUCUUCAACGAGGAACUUGGAGCUGUUUUCCAAAUCAAAAGCGAAGAUUAUGCGGACUUUGUGCAGAUUCUUGCCUCUACCGGUGUUCCAGAGUCGACCGUGUCCAUCGUUGGAAAACCUAUUUUUGAUGCUGAGCAGCAAAUCAACGUGAUUUACAAUGGAUCGACUGUCCUAAAGAAAUCCAGAGGCUCACUGCAACAAACAUGGUCUUUGACUUCGUAUCACAUGCAAAGACUGAGAGACAAUCCACAAACUGCCGACCAGGAGUUUCAGUCGAUCCUCGACAACCAGGACCCAGGCCUUACUUAUAAGCUAACUUUUGAUCCAUCGGACGAUCUCAUGCUUUCAUCCUUGACCAACCGCCCUAAAGUGGCCAUUUUGAGAGAACAGGGUGUCAACGGUCAACAAGAGAUGGCCUGGUGUUUCCAACAGGCCGGCUUCGACUCCAUUGAUGUCCACAUGACCGAUAUCAUUUCCGGAAAAAUCACCUUGGACAGCUUUGUUGGUAUUGCUGCUUGUGGAGGAUUCUCUUACGGUGAUGUCCUGGGAGCUGGUAACGGUUGGGCUACAUCUGUCCUCUACAACGAUCGUGCCAGAGCCGAGUUCUACAAGUUUUUCCAGGAAAGAACAGACACUUUUGCUUUCGGUGCGUGUAACGGUUGUCAAUUCUUGUCCAAGAUAAAGGAAUUAAUUCCAGGUACCGAGUACUGGCCGUCUUUUGAAAGAAACAAGUCUGAGCAGUACGAAGCAAGAGUUUGUACCAUUGAGAUUAUAGAAGAGAACACUGAGAACCCGCUCAUAUUUUUCGACGGCAUGCGUGGAUCGAGAAUUCCAAUCGCCGUUGCUCACGGGGAGGGACGAGCUCAUUUUGGUAAUGCAGAAGCCAACCUUGGGAAAUUUGUCGAUCAGGGAUUGGUCGCUGCAAGAUAUGUCGAUAACUAUGGUCUUCCUACAGAGAAGUAUCCGUUCAAUCCAAACGGUUCGCCGAACGGAAUUACUGGUGUCCGCACUCCAAACGGCAGAGUUUUGGCCAUGAUGCCUCAUCCCGAAAGAGUUUGCAGACUAGAGGCAAACUCAUACUAUCCAGCAUCUGAAGCUGCCAACUGGGGUGGUUAUGGACCUUGGAUCAGAAUCUUUAGGAACGCCAGAAGAUGGGUUGCCAGUAAUGAAUAG